AUGAGCGACCUCGCAGCCCUCGAAGAUGAGCUGGCUCAGGCGCUCGAGUUUGUCGCCACCUGCAAGGAGGCACUUGAGAUUGACCCGGAUGACCAAGAUGUCAAGACCGACAUGCUCUCCUUUGAGCAGCAGAUUCCCCUUCUGAAGUCCCAGAUUGCUGCUCUCAAGGCGAAAUCUGCACCUGCCCUCGAUGCCGUUGCCGGAUCCCCCAAGUACGAUAUGAGCAAACACCCCAAGUACCACACACCAGGAGGAGACACGCGCGACGUGGCGGGGGACCUUGCGGGAAAAUCGGAAGAACAUCGCGUAUCAUUCAACGUGGGAGAUGUCGUGCAGGCGAAAUACUCGGCCGACAAGUCCUGGUAUCCCGCCACCAUCGUCAGCAAGACUGGUAGUUCCUCCGAUCCCGUCUACACUGUCAACUUCAAGGGCUACGAUGAGAAAGAGCAGAAGCGAAAGCAUGAGGUGCGCCCGGCGGAGAACAAGAAGCGCAAGGCUGAAGGCGACGCGGGAGCCUCCAAUGGUGCGAAGAAGGCGGCUGCUGCUGCUGCUGCUGCUGUCCCACCACCACCGCCACCUCCCGCUCCUGUCCACGAUGGAACAGUCAUCAGCGGUGCCCCAUCAAUCGACGCCUCGCUCGUCAAGAAGUACGAACCGAGCAAGGUCAGCGAUGGCCCCACCCGCAUGGCACCCGCCCCGAAGAAGCUGAAGGGCAACAAGACGUUGGAGAAGUCGAAGAAUAGCUGGAAUGACUGGCAAAAGUCGGGUCCCAAGAAGCCUGCCAUUGGAGGCGCCUCCAAGCUGAAGAAGGACAGUCAGUUCCGCACACCAGAUCUGCCCAACGCAAAAGUCGGCUUCACGGGUUCCGGCAAGCCCAUGUCCAAGGACCAAGUCCGUGCAAAGUGGAAUUUCGCGCGCGACGACGCCCCGGACGAGUGAAGAAGCACCCAUCACAUUCCGAAUCAGUAAGUUGUCUUGCGCGCUCAACCGAGCCAUGUCUAGCAAGUGGCAGCAAGCGCAACCGAUGCGGCACAUAGAUGAGUUGAAGUCCGAGGUCUGCGAUGCAUUACCGAAGUAUGAGCCAAGGGCGUGACGGGCAUGAGGCCGUCACAAGUUGAGCACGCCAAGGAACAUUGGGGCCAUGGCGUGGGCCUUGUGGUAGUCAUGUGGAAUGGGUGUGGGCGCUGUGCUGUUCAUCAUGGAUGGAGAAGGCUCUCCGAAAGGGCCACGAGAAGUAUCCCUCCCACUGCAGAAUGGCAUACUUGCUAAGAUGAUCACCAGUCAGACCCAAAAUGAUAGGCUCAAAAUGGCGCGAUAUGAUGAGCCAUUCGUUUUUCCAUGACAAACAUGUACCCCCUUCACGCCCUGCUGUCUCGGUCAUGUCACUGAUUGUGGUCCUUUUCUAGUCUCGAUGGAUGCCGAUAGCACCAAUCCCCGAGAGGUACUCCUACUCGAACUGUGCACCUAAAGACUGCUUCAGAUUAGCGUGACUGCUUGGUGCCUAUUUUUCUCUCGUGGUCGGCAAGUAUAGAUGAUGUUAGUCGUGACCUAUCGCCACUACUACUACUCCUACUACCAUCUACACUUUUCUCAACCUCGGAUUCGCAAUCUCCCCUUGGAUCAACCCCACUAUGGACGCAUGCACAAACGGUUUCUCCAUGCUCUGAUAGCUGAUUUCCACCUCGGUCGUCACCGUAAUUACCCCAUCCACCUCCCUGACAUCACCAUCACACCAAC